AUGGUGAUACCGGAUUCCACCCGGUCAUGGGGAUACGCCAUCCCACUCGGGAAAAUUAUGCUCCAUCACAACAUCAACACCGGUCCAGGUGUUCUUCUUUCUUCAAGCAAAAUCAUAAAGUCCCGCCAAUUCAAGGAAAGGAAGAGCAACAGGAAGGUCUCUAAAGGUGGCCGAAAGAAGAUAGGCGCUAAAAAGGCAAAUCCGGUAAAAGAGAAAUCCGGAAGCAAGAAACCGAUAGAAUUCGCAGAUCCGCCAUCCGAAACGCAAAAUGAGGACGAUUCGGCCUCUAGUUCUGACCGAACUGCUUCACAGAAUACCGAAGAAAAUGAGUCCGGUAAAGGAAAAGGACCGAUGGACGAGGCCAGUCUUGAAAACGCCGAUACUAGUGCAGAGGGUCCUGAGGAAGAAAAUAUUCACGCUAACGACAACACCAAGGAGAUGGCCGAGAAAAUCGUGCGCAGAAUCAUUGAGGAAAUCCAUCAGCAAGCCCAAGAGGUAUCCGACGUAUUCUUACGGUGGUUCCAGUACUGGAAUGAAAUAUUCUACAAACAAAUGCUACCGGGCCUAACCGCUGAACAGAAAUUCGAAAGGUUGAUGGAGGAGGAAGUCAACAACCUAACAAAAGCUCAGGAUCCAAACGAAGCCUUGAACCGACACGUAAUAGUGAAACCGCGAGCUCGGUUACAAAGGCUAGCCGAGCAUAUUCAACGUCUAACAAAAAAGUAUACUCCGGGAACACCGAAUUCUCGACUACAACUCUUGGUGUUGGAGCUACUUGCGGUCAAGGAAAGAGAGCUCACAGAAGAAGUGGCGCGGCUUGAAGCGGUGCCCGAACAUCAGGAUACGGCGAACUCACCAACUCAUAAGGAUGAUGGCGGUCAUACCCCAAUCAAUGAAGUGCCAGCCUCUCAUCCAGCGGAUCAGACUGUCCAAAUGACCGACGAAAGGACAGAGACACCUCUCACCGACGCACGUGCAUCUGAUCAAACCGGGGAUUCAGAACCGGCCAUUACGGAAGAGAAGGUCAUAUCUAUAAUUGAAGAAUUUGCUAACAAAGUGGUUCGACCUUGGAAGAAGAAAAUUAAGAAAAACGCGGUCCAAGCGGUCAAGAUAGCAGAGACAACAAGGGAUGAACUUGGCGAGGCGUUCAAGCGGAUCACAUCGGUCGAAACCAACUACGGUAAAGCCGAUGUACUGUACGUCGCUCAUCUAAAGCGAACCAUAACCUUGGAGGAUAUGACUCCGAAGUUGGUGGAUGACCUCGAGUCGGUCAGCCAAAGGGUAGUAGAGAUGGAACGGUCUCAAGAGGAGACCGGGCAACGGCUGACAAAGGUCGAUGAGGACCUGGGGCGGUCAAGUACCCAAGCUGGUUCGACACUCGACAGGGUCAUACAUCUUGAAGAUAAGAAUGCAACCCUUGAGGAAAGGAACAACAAGCUUGAAGCCGACCUCAAGGCGGUCACCGAGCAGGUGACUGAGUUAAUAAAGACCAAGCUGGCUGCCGAUAAAGCGAUUGAGGAGGCAAACGCUCAGGCGGCUAAGGAACUUCAGGAUGCGCUAGAUGAGCAGAACCGGACAGAGAAGGGGGUGGCAUGGUAUGAUGCGAACUUCGCCGAACACAUACGACAUUUAACGGCCAAAAAUCCGGAACUCGCAAAAACCAUGGCGGCCAAACAAGCCGAAGAGGCCAACCGGUUAAAGGCUCAACAAGACACAUACCACAAUUUCGAAAAGGCUCACAAGAAGUCCCAGGCGGCGCCCUCAUCUUUGGUUCCGGCGACAAGAAAAAGGAAGGCUCCUUCAAAGAAAGCUCAAGUCACCGAGAUGCUGGACAGAAUCACCGAGACGGUUGUUGACCCUCCACUAAACCCGGCUUUGCACACCGAGGAUGAUUUCGAAGAGGAUUUCCAGCCGCAACUCACAAGACAACGGAUUUUCGAUGCGGUUCCAAUUAGAACAGUUGGUCAACAAUUCCCUUCUCACACGGGCACCUCAGGAGCUGGGGGUUCUUCUUCAAGGCCGACUAAACCGGCUAAGGGACAAACAACAGAUGAUCUGAUGGAUGAAUUCUUGCCGUCCAAAUUGAAGAAAUAG